AGACCUUCCGACCUGAAAUCACAUUUACAGGAAACGAAUUUCUUUCAAUUUCUAAAAACCACUUUCAGAGCAGUCUUUCAUUAAUUUUCUCUCUCUCUCUCUCGACAUUUCUCUGGAUCAUCGGAAAUGGGUGCAACAGUGAGAGCUCCGGCGAACCGGGAAGCAGCCGGUUCAGCCAAAACCGGCGGCGGGGCUUACGUCACGUUCUUGGCCGGAGACGGCGACUACGUGAAAGGCGUGGUGGGUCUGGCCAAAGGGUUGAAGAAGGUCCGAUCUCGUUACCCACUGGUCGUGGCGGUGCUCCCCGACGUCCCGGCUGAGCACCGCCGCCUCCUGGCGGAGCAAGGCUGCACCGUCAGGGAAAUCGCGCCGGUGCACCCUCCGGAAAACCAGACCCAGUUCGCCAUGGCGUAUUACGUCAUCAAUUACUCCAAGCUUCGCAUUUGGGAGUUCGUGGAUUAUAGGAAGAUGAUAUAUCUGGACGGCGACAUCCAGGUUUACGACAACAUCGAUCACUUGUUCGAUCUUCCAGACGGAUAUUUGUACGCUGUAAUGGACUGCUUCUGCGAGAAGACAUGGAGUCACACUCCGCAGUACAAAAUCGGCUACUGCCAGCAGUCGCCGGAGAGGGUGCCUUGGCCGCCGGCGCCGGAAAUGGGGGCGGCGCCGCCGCCGUAUUUCAACGCCGGCAUGUUCGUGUUCGAGCCGAAUCUCGAAACCUACAAUCGUCUCCUGCACGACCUAAGAAUCACGCCUCCGACUCCAUUCGCAGAGCAGGAUUUUCUGAAUAUGUUCUUCAGAGAGGUGUACAGGCCGAUUCCGAUUGUGUACAAUCUGGUGACGGCGAUGCUAUGGCGGCACCCGGAGAGGGUGGAGGUGUCGGAGGUGAAGGUGGUGCACUACUGCGCGGCGGGGGCGAAGCCGUGGCGGUACACCGGAGAAGAGGAGAACAUGGAGAGGGAAGAUAUCAGGAUGCUGGUAUCCAAGUGGUGGGAUAUUUACAACGACAAAACACUCGAUUAUAACCCUCGUGAUCUCGCCGGCGCCGGCGCCGGAGAACUGCCGGAGGCCGGUGUCAUUCGCUAUAUUCCAGCCCCUUCUGCUGCAUAAUUAGUCGUUAAGGUUGCUUAAUUAGAGUUAUUUUUAAAGAUAUAUAUAUAUAUGUAUAUAAUGGGGUUUGUAUUAUUAUUAUUAUUAUUAUUAUUAUUAUUAUUAUUAUUAUGUAAACUUUUCAUUGUAAUUAAGAAUAAUUUAAGAUAUUA